AUGAUUCAGCACAUGAUCCAGAGUAAAUCUCUGACUACCUCCCAGAUGGCUCAUGCCGCCGGCUGCAGCAAACAAUCCAUUAUACGCAUUAAGUCUAAUCUGCAAGUGUUUGGGAAUGUUCGAGCCCCUAGAAAUGGCCCUGGGCGCCCCCAUACCAUCACUCCACCCAUGUUGGACGCGCUCUGUGAGCAUUUGUUGGAAAAACCCACACUAUAUCAAGAUGAAAUGGCUGUGUUCUUGUGGGACGAGUUCGGAAAACACGUGUCAAUACAGAGCAUCAGCAGAGCACUGGCUUCCAUCAGUUGGUCCAAGAAGACGGCUCGGCAGAUUGCAAAGGAACGGAAUGCGGACUUACGGGACCACUAUCUCUAUCAAUUAUUAUCCUACAAAUCUUACCAGUUGGUCUACGUGGAUGAGUCAGGUUGCGAUAAACGGACUGGGUUUAGACGCACAGGCUGGUCUCCUCUGGGCAUAACACCAGUCCAGAUCUCCAAGUUCCAUCGGGACAAACGCUACCAGAUCUUGCCUGCUUACGCUCAGGACGGAGUUGUCAUAUCCCGAGUUUUCCAGGGUUCGACGGAUGGCCGAAUCUUCGAGGAUUUUAUCCAACAGCUCCUCCAACACUGCAACAGAUGGCCAGAGCUGAAGUCUGUAAUUAUUAUGGACAAUGCGUCAUUUCAUCGCACAGAGCGGAUCGAUCAGAUUUGCGCAGAGGCUGGUGUUAAGUUGUUAUACUUACCGCCGUAUUCGCCAGACUUAAACCCCAUCGAGGAAUUCUUCUCCGAGCUAAAACAGUUCAUCAAGAAGAGAUGGCAGGAGUACGAAGAGAACCCAGACCAAGGAUUCGACGCCUUCCUUGAAUGGUGCAUUAGUGUCGUUGGGUCGAAAGCGCAGAAUGCGGAAGGUCACUUCCGACACGCUGGUCUGACGAUUGACAGGAUAUAA